CUCUCAAAUGAAGGAAUAUUAUCUGAAGAAACGAUGAAAACAAGGAAACUGGAAGAAUUAUUGGAAAAAUGUAAAGCAAAUAUAAAGGAGAAUAAAGAAAAAGUGCGGCUGUUGACUGAAGAAAAUGAGAAACUUAAACAAAAUAUGGAGCAAAUGAAUCAAGAAGUUAAUUUAGAUUUUUUUUCUGCUGUUUGUCAAGUAUUAGCGACAUUAACUAUUGCAAAAAUAAAAGCUGAAAUGCAUUCAGCUCUUGAAGAAAAGGAAAAUGAGGUGCAAGCUAUUCGGGUUAAAUUGAAGCAAUCGGAAAUUCAAGAUGAACUUCGUUGUACAAUAGAGGCCUUGGAAAACGAAAAAGCAGAUAUGAUUGAAAAGCUAUCGCAAGCGAAACAUCAGGGAGUUAAAGCAGUACGUGAUGAGGAAGAAAAAAAGAGAAUGGAAUUAAUGGAAGAAAUGGAAAAAAAAAGGGAGAAUGAUCGGUUAGAACAUGAACAUCAACUUCAAGAAGAAAUCAAGAAAAUCGUUAGUUAUUUAUUCUGGAAGAAAGAAAAUUUUGCGUUUUUUUUUUUAGAUUAUUCAUUGGUCUUGAUUUUUAAGUUUGAAGACGAUAAUUGGCGAGCGAAAUUCAAAGAACAAGAGGAGCAAAUGGAAUUAGCUAUAGAAGAGCGCGAGAUGCAAAAGGCAGCUGCUGUUAUGCAACAUGAUCGGAAAAAUGACGAUCUCGGCUUACUGCUUGAACAGCUUACUGCAGUAAUAUUUCCGACUUCUCUAACUUUGCUUCUUUUAUUUUUAUUUCGAUUCGAUAUUCAUGAAAAUUUGUUGGUUUAUAAAAGAAUUUUUUUUUUUUAUUUCAGUUAUUUUUGA